GGCUGCGCUCGCCCGGCCCCGACUUCCUGCCGGGCGCUGGGAAGGCGCGCGCGGGCUGGGGUCCCCGGGGGCCGCGCCUGCAGCCGGCCGAGUCCCGGACAGCCGAGGGGCUGGGCAGUGGGCGGGAGCGGCGGGCAGCCUCAGCCACUGCCGAGAGCGACUUUCAAACUCGCGCCCGCGUCGCGGCCGCACCUGGGCAGCCUCUCGCGCCGAGCGUGCCGGACCCAGCGGGGCGGCGACCGUGCGAAUCUCUCCGGAGUGCCCUCUCCAGGCAGCGAUGCCAGGAUGCCUGUCUCUGCCUCUCUCCGCCAAGAGCGCAGCCAGGAGCGGCCGGUGAGCCUGACCUCCACCACCUCCUCGUCGGGUUCAUCCCGUGACAGCCGCGGUGCCAUGGAGGAUCCCAAUGGCUCCGAGGCUUCUGCUGAGAACGGGGCAGGCUCCCCGCGCGGCCGGCAUCCCCCCAACGGCAACCCCAACUCCAGCGGCUGGCUGAGCGUGAGGGGGCCCCUGUCUCCGUUCAGCAGCCGGGCCCCGGCGGCCCCAGCACAUAAGCUCAGCUACCUGGGCCGAGUGGUGCGGGAGAUCGUGGAGACGGAGCGGAUGUAUGUGCAGGACCUGCGCAGCAUCGUGGAGGACUACCUCUUGAAGAUCAUUGACACGCCUGGGCUGCUGAAGCCAGAACAAGUCAGCGCCCUCUUUGGGAACAUAGAAAACAUCUAUGCACUGAACAGCCAGCUACUCAGAGACCUGGACGGCUGCAAUAGUGACCCUGUGGCUGUGGCCAGCUGCUUUGUGGAAAGGAGCCAAGAGUUUGAUAUCUACACCCAGUAUUGCAACAACUACCCCAACUCAGUGGCCGCCCUGACCGAGUGCAUGCGGGACAAGCAACAGGCCAAGUUCUUUCGGGACCGGCAGGAGCUGCUACAGCACUCUCUGCCCUUGGGCUCCUACUUGCUGAAGCCCGUCCAGCGCAUCCUCAAGUACCACCUGCUGCUCCAGGAAAUCGCCAAACAUUUUGAUGAAGAAGAAGACGGCUUCGAGGUGGUGGAGGAUGCCAUUGACACCAUGACCUGCGUGGCCUGGUACAUCAAUGACAUGAAGAGGAGGCACGAGCAUGCAGUCCGGCUCCAGGAGAUUCAGUCACUGCUCAUCAAUUGGAAGGGACCAGACCUGACCAUCUAUGGGGAGCUCGUCCUGGAGGGCACGUUCCGCGUGCACCGCGUGCGCAACGAGAGGACCUUCUUCCUCUUUGACAAAGCUCUGCUCAUCACCAAGAAGCGAGGCGAUCACUUUGUCUACAAGAGUCAUAUCCCGUGCUCCUCCCUGAUGCUGAUCGAAAGCACCAGAGACUCCCUGUGCUUCACCGUCACCCACUACAAGCACAGCAAGCAGCAGUACAACAUCCAGGCCAAGACAGUGGAGGAGAAACGGAGCUGGACUCACCACAUCAAGAGGCUCAUCCUGGAGAACCACCACACCACUAUCCCCCAGAAGGCCAAGGAAGCCAUCUUGGAAAUGGACUCCUACUAUCCCAGUCGGUACCGCUGCAGCCCGGAGCGCCUGAAGAAGGCUUGGUCCUCCCAGGACGAAGUGUCCACCCACGUGCGGCAGGGGCGCCGGCAGUCUGAGCCCGGUCAGCCCCCGUUCAGCCGGGCAUCACUCCCCAGCGGGCAGCGAGGCUUCACGGAGCCAGGCCUUAAGGGCCGUAGGAAGUCGGAGCCCACCAGACACCUGCUCAGGCAACUCAGUGAGAAAGCAGGCGGAACAGCGGGAAUGAAGGAGAAGGGGCGUAGGGAGUCCGAAGGCCCCAAGAGCCGCAGAAGGCCCGGCGGCCGGUCUCCCACUAGUGCUGAGAAGCGCAUGAGCUUUGAGUCCACCUCUUCGCUGCCAGAGGUUGAGCCAGGCCCUGAGCCUGAGACAGAGCAGGAAGUAUUUGCUGCUGUGGAAGGUGCCAGCAUCGAGGAGGUGCCCUCAGACAUGGAGUCUCCAGAAGUCCUGGAAACACAGCUUGAUGCCCACCAGGAGCUGCUGGGGAUGGCCCCCCCGGGUGACAUGGUGGACUUCGUGGUGGCCGAGAGCACCGAGGACCUUAAGACUCUGAGCAGUGAGGAGGAGGAGGAGGAGGAGGAGGAGGAGGAUGUGGGUGCCACGCAGGAGCCUGAGAGCCUCCUGCCGCCCUCCGUGCUGGACCAGGCCAGCAUCAUUGCCGAGCGGUUCGUCAGCAGCUUCUCUCGGCGGAGCAGCCUGGCCCUGGAGGAUGGCAAGGCCAGUGGCUUUGGGAGCCCGAGGCUGACAAGCCGGAGCAGCAGCGUGCUCAGCCUAGAGGGCAGCGAGAAGGGCUCGGCCCGGCGUGGCAGCACCACCGACGCCCUCGGCUCGCAGCCGCCCCCAGAGGUGGACAGCGGUGUGGGCGUGGCCACGGAGAGCAGCCCUUCGGUCAACGGGACGGAGCCCCCGAGCCCAGGCUGCCCUGCAGAGCCCGACAGGUCUUCCUGUAAGAAGAAGGAAUCGUCACUCUCCACCCGAGACCGGCUGUUGCUGGACAAGAUCAAGAGCUACUAUGAGAACGCGGAGCACCAUGAUGCGGGCUUUAGCAUCCGGCGCCGAGAGAGCCUCUCCUACAUCCCCAAAGGGCUGGUGAGGAACUCCGUUUCCAGAUUCAACAGCCUUCCCAGGCCGGACCCAGAGCCCACGGCUCCGCUGGGGCACAGGAGGCAGGUGAGCUCCCGGCCGGCUUCGUGGGCUAUGUUUGACCUCCCAGGCCCCGGCCAGGCGAGCGCUGGGGAGCCAGCUCCUAUCACAGAUGCUGAGUUCAGGCCGUCUUCAGAAAUUGUAAAGAUCUGGGAGGGAAUGGAGUCUACCGGGGAGAGCUCUCACAAGGGGCCUGGCCAAGGCCAGGCCAAUGGUUUUGACCUGCACGAACCGCUCUUCAUCCUGGAGGAGCACGAACUGGGGGCCAUCACCGAGGAGUCGGCCGCCGCCUCCCCUGAGAGUGCCUCCCCCACGGAGCGGCCCAGCCCGGCCCACCUGGCCCGGGAGCUGAAGGAGCUCGUGAAGGAGCUGAGUGGCGACGUCCAGGGGGAGCUGGUGGCUCCGCUGCACCCGCGCAUCGUCCAGCUCUCCCACGUGAUGGAUGGCCGCGUGAGCGAGCGAGUCAAGAACAAGGUCUACCAGCUGGCCCGCCAGUACAGCCUGCGGAUCAAGAGCAAAUCUGUGCCAGCCAGGCCACCGCUCCAAUGGGGAAAGGCGGCUCCCACCAUUCCCUGCCUGCAGGAGGAGGCUGGAGCACCCUCAGGCGGCAAAGGUAAGAGAAAGCCGGUGCUGUCCCUCCUCAGCGAUGAGCAGACGGUGGCCCCGGAGCACAGCCCGCCCAAGCCCUGCUCUCCUCGGCAUUGCUCCUUCAGCCCCACUGCUGCCAGCCCGAGGACCACCUCGCCUGGGGUCCGGCCCUCCUCUCGAAGCCCCCUCAGCCCUUUCGACACUGAGACCUUCAACUGGCCUGAUGUCCGAGAGCUCUGCUCCAAGUACACCUCCCACGACGAGGCAUUCCAGGCCGAGGGCGGCCGGCCCCGUGGCCAGCCUGUCAACCGGAGCCGCUCGGUGCCGGAGAACAUGGUGGAGCCCCCUCUGGCGGGCAAGGUGGGCCGCUGUUGCAGCGUGGGCGCCAAGAGGGGCCGGGCAGACCCAGAGGCCACUCAGCCCCAGCCGCCUGGGGGAUUGCCCCAAAGCAGGCCGGUCGGAGAGGAAGCCCUGUAUGUCACCGCAGACCUCACCCUGGAGAACAACAGGCGGGUGAUCGUCAUGGAGAAGGGGCCUCUGCCCUGCCCCACUGCGGGGCUGGAGGAGGGCAGUGGGCAGAGACCAAGCUCACCAGCAGCCGCGGUGGGACAGGGGCUGGAUUUCCAGGAGUCUGGGAUUUCCAGGAGUCCAGAGUAUUGGCCAAAGGAAGAGGGUCCCAGGGACCCAGUGGACCCAGGCCAGCAGGGCAGAGUGAGAAACCUGAGGGAGAAAUUCCAGGCCUUGAACUCUGUAGGGUGAUUCUGAGUCCAAGGAGAGGGAGGAGCCGUGUGGCUGUGGGGGGGGGACGGGGAGGGACCAUGGCAGGCUUGCCCUCAGGCCUGGCUCACCCUGCUCACGAGGGCCCCUGGAAGAAUGCUCCGGUGUACCCGGCAAGUGUCUUCACUGGGAACCGGCUGGUGCACCCCUGGGCUCGGGGCGACUUUCCACAGGCCCAGUUGAGCCUUUCUUCCCACCGAGGCCAGUGUGACCACUUCCCUUGUAUAUAGUUCUUUGGUGAGAAGCUGAAUAUUUAAGCUCUCCUCUUCCCAGGGAGAGCAAGUCGUGCUCAGGCCUCCAGUGUUGGGCUGACCACUGCCGGGCUGAGGCGCCCACCCGGAGGAGUCGUGGGGAGGUGGCCUGGGGAGGCUUUCCUCUUUGUGUCUUUUCUUAGGAUCCAGGCAGGAACCAGGCCCAUAAUUUAUUGCUUCCCAUUCCGCGGUAUAUUUGUGUGUGCACGUGAGAGUUUGUGUGUGUUCUUUUGUUGUGGAUUCCUCUCCCGUGAAGAAUGUAACGCGCUCAGUUCAGGUACUUUUGUAGGUUGUCUUGCUGAUCCUGUGGUUGUCACUAAUGUAUAUACAUUUCAUUAUUUGCCAAUGGUUCAAUAACCACUGCUGACCAACUGG